CAUUUUUUACCUACUUUGUCUGAUAACUGAUACCGAAAAUUUGAAUAAUAAUAUAUUAUAUUAUUUUCAAUUUUGCAAGUGAAACCGCGUAAUUUUACUGACUACUGUUUCCAUCGUUUAGAAUCCAAAAUUUCCAAAUAACGCGAACCACCUAUAUGUUUACGUAACAUCAACAUGGGUGAUGUCCAAUGGCCGUGGCAAUACAGCUUCCCACCAUUCUUCACUAUCCAGCCAAACGCGGAGACAAGACAGAAGCAAUUAGACGCUUGGAGGACAUUGCUAUUGGAUUAUUGUCGCACGCAGAAAGUGUGUGUUAUUGAUGUACGCGAAGGAGACCUAUUGCCUGUUUUCAACAAUACUACCAUAUCCAGAAAACUGUCACCUGAUGCGAUCAUGACGGUUUUAGGCGUUCUACAGAAGACGGGAAAUGCCGAACCGCUUGACAAGACUAGAACAAGGUGGAAUGUUUAUUGGCACACGUUGGACGAAUGGGCGUCGAUAGUGUACAAAUGGGCUCAGGACAACGCCAUGCUCAACACGGUGUGUACGUUCUACGAGAUAGCCAGCGACAGUGGUGAUCUGAACGGUAUUGAUGACGGUGUACUGACCAAAGCUUUGCGGGUGUUGGAGCGACGUCAACAGGCGGAAAUACUUACGCUGGACGGAGGAUCGGGCGUGAAAUUUUUCUCAUAGACGUGAAACUCCGGGAUCAGCUGCCAUGUAUCACACAGUACCGGCUAUAUUAUACCUGAACAAUAUGCCGUAUAUGUAUCUGUGUGCGACGAUAAUAUAAGUACCUAUAUAGCGUAUGCGGUGGAGCAUAUUGUGUUGUAUAGAUAUAUAAUAGGUAUGUUUACGAUGAUAAUAAGAUAAUAAUAUAAUAUAAGACUAUACGCUGUAUAAUAAUCGAUCAUGUUUAUUUAGUUUUUUUUGUUUAUCCAUCGAUUAAUUAAAAAAAAAAAAAAUUAACAAACCA